AUGACAACCUCAAGACAAGCUCCAGUGACCAAGAUUAGAGUUUAUUACAAAUCACUUUCUAAUCCACCUUCUAGAAAUCAAGAUCCACAAGAAGAAGUGCAAUUAAAGUUUGUUUAUACUAACUUGAAAUAUGCUCCUCAUGAAUUGACAUGGAAGAAUUUCCGUUCCGAUCUUCAAGUUCAAUUGGCCAAGCAUUUGGGAAAGAGUGUCAGUACACUUGAUUCUGUUGUUUCCUUUAUUUACAAUGAUCAAGAAUUUGAAAUUGAAUCAACUGAUGAUUCAGCCUUUUUGAGUCAAGUAUUGCAAUCUAAUACUUUGGAUCAACGUUUGGAUGAUAUUAUUGUCUUGAUGAGUCCAAAGCUUUUGAAUAGAAAGCAACUUCCAUUGAUGGAUACUAGUGAACCAUUGCACGUUAUGGAACUCGUUGAUGAAGGUGACAAGUAUAAGAAGACUAUCACUGUUGGUUUGCAUCAACAUGGUAAACUCUAUGUUAGAUUAAUGAAUGGUGUUACUGUUUCCAAGUUAUACUUUUUCACACCAGAUCAAUUAACUAAUGUUGCUGAAACCUUAAAGAAGGAUAUCUAUGAUAACUUUGGAGAAUAUGCUACAUUGGAUUUGGGAUCUCAAAACUCUGCUGAUGAUUUUGCUGCUAAUUAUGAUGUUAAGGUUACUUCCACCAAGACUUUCUCAGGUGUUGAAUGGUUAAUGUCAACUUCAUUCGUAUUGACCAAGAAUGCUCAAAAGAAUACUUUGCAUGUUUUGGCCUCUAUCAAACUUUCAAACAGUGAAAAGCCAACCAUGUUUAUGGUUCCAUUGAAGUGGGAUGAUGUUAAGGUUUCCAGAAAUGGUCCAGCUGUUGAAUUGGCUUCAUUGGAAGAUAUUCCAACCUUGUCACCUGUUCCAACCACUGUUUCUGAAGAUUCUGUUACCUUGUCAUACAAGGUUAGAAUGAGUUCACAAUACGCUUCUGAUUCUAUUGGACAAAGUUAUGAAUCACUCCAAGAUGAAAGUGGUAAUAGUGGUGCUGCUACUAAUUCUAAUUCUAGACCUUUUGUUCAAGCUACAUUUGAACAUCCACAUACCGUUACUGGUAUUGUUGUCAAGCCAUUGUUGGUAUCUGGUUGGGGUUCAACUUAUUUGGCUGGUUCUUAUUUGGCCUACUCUCAAGAUGAAAUUAACUGGAAGAAUGUUUUGCAAUUGAAUGGAUUGACUGAUGGAUUAACAACCUUUGUUGUUCCAAGCAUUUCUGCUCCAUAUUGGAGAAUUAGAAAGGAUGGUGAUGGUUUUCUUUCUAUUGGUACAUGGAAGAUUUUGGGUAAUCCAAGCACUGAACCAAUUGCACAAGUUGCUGGAAAGCCACUCGAAUAUUAUAAGGAUCUCACUGAAAAGCAAACAACCAAUCCACAAAAGGGUGAAGAUUUGGCCAUUGUUCCAAGACCUAACUGUAAGAAGUAUGAAGAUCAUGGUGAUUCUCAAUUCAAUUUGCUUGUUGCCACUGAUGAACAAGCUGCAUUGAAUUCACUUAUUGAAGCUUCUCAAAGCUCUUAUGCAACUGAUGGAAAGUUCAACAAUUUCUUCAAUGUUCCAUUGACUGUUGUUAACAAGUCAGAUGCUAAUUUGUCCUUUGUCAAGAUUGAAAUGGCUCACAAGAAUCAAGCCGAUGAAUGGGUUGAAAUGCAAAAUAUCAAAUUGGGUGUUAAAUAUAACGGAUGGAAUGGUGCUCAAUACCAAUUCUUUGAAGGUCAAGUUGCUAACUUUGAACCAGGUCAAGCUGAUAACUUAGUUUUCAGUGGUGCUAUUGUUGUUACUGGCCAACCAGGUAGAGAUUUCAAUUCUAGAGCUCGUGCUCAUCAAUCUCUUCCACAACCAUUGGUUAUUAGAGUUACAAUUACUGACUCUACUGGAAAGAAGAAGGAUAUUCUCGUAGAACAUUCCAACAAACCAUUAGAUUUAUACACUCACGACUAUUAUGCCAGUUAUAACAAGUUUGAUGCCACCAAAUUGAGAUUUGUUACUUGUGAUAAUGUUGAUACUUUGGAAAGAAGCCAUUUAGCUGUUUAUUUGGAUCGUGAAAAUCGUCAAUUACAACUCAAGUCAUCAAAUGGAUACACAUACUCAUAUGUUUAUGAUGAAUUCCAAAAGUUUAUGGAAAAGGCUAAGAAGGAAGGAAAGAAGGAAAUUGAACUUGAGGAUGGAAAGUCUGACAACAGACAUGUCUAUAUGUUGUUCGAUGCUGACUCUGAAUAUCAACUCUAUGCUUUCAAGAUUGCUUUGCAAACUGAAACCAAUGCCACUGAAAAGGUUGUUUUGGUUAAGGACUUGUUGGAUGAAUUGGCAAAGAUGUAA